AGGGAGGGAGGAGAGACAGAGGAGCCAGCCCUCUAGCUGUGACAGUUUGUGUGUUAGGGGGGUUGACAGACACAGUGGCUUUGUGUCCUGCUGAACACCGCUGGACAGGACACUGCUGUGCUGAGAGAGGAGAGGCACUGUCAGUUAGUCUGUCAGUCGCUUUGUCAGUCAGUCAGUCAGACCGUCUGUCUGUCUGUCUGUAGGGAAACCAGACCUCUCUGCUACCACACACACUCUGGCGUACAUCUGCUUUCCAGGACUUCUUUGAUAUCUUCUCAGGGCACAGGACGCCCCACCACGGUCCCCGCCAGCGUGUGUGUGAGCGUGUGUGAGUGUGUGUGCCUUGGAAAGCUCCUUUACGUCCUUGGAGGUCAGGAGUUUGAGACUGGGAUAUGGGACUAAAAGCAGGUAUCUUUGGAGACGUGCCAGCAUCGGGAUGAGAGGAACGCAGAGGAGAACAUCGGACUAGACUGAACUGGUUGGAACUAUUGGGAUUUUUUUCUUCAGGGAUUAUCUUGGCCCAUCUGAAGAGCUACUCAGCCCUCUUGGUUUCUGCUUUCACUGCUUGUUUUAUCUCCAUGGAUUGGUGCCGACAGUAGGACUUGGCCAGAGAGGAUGCAUGUGUUACUCUGACACCUGCGUCGUUUACUUUAAAAUAGAGUGUUUGUGCGAUAGUGUCAAGACUUUGCCCCCUCGUGUGUGUGUGUGUGUGGCCCAUGUUGGCAUCAGGUCGGCCCGUGUCGGGUAAUCUCUGCGCCCCAAUGCCCGCGGCUAUGCCCCCCUACCCUGCUCUGCCAGCUGAGUCAGAGUGGUGCUUCCAGAAUCCCGUAGGGGUGGACUGUAGUGCCGCCGAGCCUCGCUGCAUCUGGUUGGCAGUGCUGCGUGGUGCCCCCUUGCCCUCACCUUCGCCCCCCACCAUGAGGCCAGUCCUGGUCGGCAAUGGGCACGGCUGCACCAGCAGGGCCCUGCAAUGUUCUCACCAGCCCAGGGCAAAGGGGUGGAGAGAUGGGCUCUCCUCGGCAGGCGACAACCCUCGGCCUGCGAUGGGGGCGCUAGGAGAGGGCGUCGGCGUUGGCUGGCAAGGCCCCCGGACGCUACUACUCCAGAAGAACUCACAGGGCUUUGGCUUCACGCUGCGCCACUUCAUCGUCUACCCACCAGAGUCUGCCCUGCACACCAGCCUCAAGGACGAGGAGAACGGGAAUGGGAAGGGGAGAAGUAGAUUGGAGCCAAUGGACACCAUAUUUGUCAAGAAUGUGAGAGAGCGAGGUCCCGCUCACCAGGGUGGCUUGUGUACAGGGGAUCGGCUGGUGAAGGUGAAUGGAGAGAGUGUCCUGGGGAAAACUUACUCCCAGGUGAUCGCCCUCAUACAGAACAGUGAGAGUGUGUUGGAGCUCUCUAUAAUGCCAAAAGAUGAAGACGUGCUGCAGCUGGUAAGUGCAUACUCCCAGGAUGCCUACCUGAGGGGCAACGAGCCUUACACAGGGGGAGCCCGGAACCUUCCGGUACCCCCGCCCCUCUGCUACGCUCCCCGCACCAAGUCCCAGCCUCCCGCCGGGGCCCCGGCCCCCAUGGGCCAGAACCAGCUGGACAACUGGAGCCGCUGGGCAGGCUCCGCCAGCCCCUUGUCCCCCCUGGACAACCGCUCCACCGUGGGCAGCCCGGCCAGCUGGCAAGAGGGACUGGGCGGAGAGCCGGGGGGCGUGUGCCACAGUAGCCCCCCCUACAGGACAGAGGAGAUCCAGUACGGUGUGACCGGGCAGCAGCCUACGGGACAGACCAGGGGCCGCUCCUACUCCUCAUCUUCUUCUUCAGGAGGGCCCCUCAGCAGCCCUCUGCAUGUCCAUUAUGUCAACCACAAUGCUGCUGGCACUGCCACCACCGCCUCCUCUCAGCCCCAGAAAGGCAGCCAGGCCUGGGCCAGCCCUCCCCAGCCGAGCCCCAGCCGCAGCCAGCACUGCCAACAGGCCCUGUCUGAGUGGUACUACAGCCAAGCUGCUGAGCAGCACCAGGGCCGCAGUGGCAGCAUGCACCAACGCCACCGCAGCUACUCUCAGGACAGGCUGUGUGAGACAGGCCCUGGGUGCCACCGCCGGGGUCCGGGCGGCUGGCCCCACAGCGCCUCCCAGGACACCCUGAUGCUACUGCAGCAGUCGGGCCCCGGCCCCCACGGGGACCCUUCUUGGACCUACGGAGACUGGGAGGGGGCCCGGGACCAGAGUCACCCCUCCUCCUACGGCAGCAGAGCCCGGUCAGAGAGCCUGCUGGUACAGUACGACCGCUAUGGCCGUUCGCUGGAGAUGUUGGAGUCGCCCCGUUCCGAGAGGCCCGCCUGGCUGCAGCAGGCCUCACAGCAAGCACCCAGGACUGAGGCCUACCAGAGGCAGGGGAACCAUUACGGUGUCGCACCGGCCCCCUCUAUGGGCCGUCUAGCACAGCCGCACCACAAAACCACCCCCCAACCCCACUCACAGUCUCACCCACAGCCACAGCCCCAGCCCCAACAACCAGCCCCCCAGAGCAGACGUCUGCCCACCGGACAGAGCCUGGACGACCAGCCAGUAGGUUACCGCAGCUACAGCCCCUCCUUCAACCGCAAGACAGGCCGCAUCAUGCAGCAACCCUCCUUCAGGGACCCCUCCUACCUUGGCCCCCACCUCAGCUGGGCCCCCACCCCCAAAACUAGCCCCCCAGAGGGUGUUGUCCCCUCAGUUCCAUCCCCCCUGGCCUCCACCACCCCCGAGCCCCUUGACAGGGCCUACCGCCCCACCAACCAUGAGAGAGGGGCAGUGGAAGGCCAGGCGGAGGUGCUAGCUCAGACCCAGGAGGUCAAACUGAGACAGAAACCCCCCACGGGACGAAGGAGCGCCCACGCCAUGCGCCACCCCCACUACACCCUGCCUGUAGAUGGCACAGAACCCCCUGUGUUCCCCCCUGACCCCCACGACACUGCCCCUGCCCCUCGCCCCUCAGGAGAUGGUGCCCCGCACCGUACCAAUGGCAACCUGGCCCCCCUGUCUGUAGAGGAUGAUGCAAUGGCCUCCAUUCCCUUUAUAGAUGAGCCGACGAGCCCCAGCGCUGACCUCCGUGCCCGCCACGUACCCGCCUCCUCCGUGGUGUCCAGCGGCAUGAGCUCAGCGCCCGCCAUCGUCACCAGCCCCGCCUCCCCCACCUUCACCUUCCCUCUAACCAGGCUCUUCUCACACGACUGCAGCAGUAUUAAAUCCAGUCGCCGUUCCUCCUAUCUUCUAGCCAUCACCACGGAACGCUCCAAGUCAUGUGACGAGGGACUCAACACCUUCAGGGGAGAGGAGGGCCGCGUCUUCUCGAGGCUGCCAAAGAGAGUGAAGAGUUUCUUCACUGAUGGGUCUCUGGACAGUCUGGGGGCAGCGGAGGAGGUCCGCUCCAAACGCCACUCCACCUCAGAGCUGGGCAGCAUCAGCUACAGUGACAUAUGGAGAGAGGGAUGGCUGCACUACAAACAGAUCCUCACGGAGAAGGGCAAGAAGGUGGGCAGCGGCAUGCGUCCGUGGAGGCGGGUCUUCUCGGUGUUGCGCUCCCACUCGCUCUUCCUCUACAAGGACAAGCGGGAGGCGGUCCUGCGGGGCGCCACUCUGGGAGGCGAUGCCGACGAGGAGCAGCCAAUCAGCAUCCGGGGCUGCCUGGUGGACAUAGCGUACAGCGAGACCAAGCGCAAGCACGCGCUGCGUCUGACCACUCAGGACUUUUGUGAGUACCUGCUGCAGGCCGAGGACAGAGAGGACAUGCUGGACUGGAUCAAGGUCAUCAGUGAGAACAGCAAGACGGACAAUGAGGAGCUGGGAUUCUCAAGACAGGCUCUGAUCAGUAAGAAGCUCAAUGACUACAGGAAACAGAGUCCAACAGGCAACAAGCCGGACUCCUCGCCCAGGGUGUCCCGUGCCAAGCCGUCCUUCCUGCUGGCCAAGAUGGAGAACGCUGCCGGGGCGCCGCGCUCACCCAAACCUGAGGGCAAAGAUGAGAGCAGCCCCCCUAAGUCGCCAUGGGGGAUCAACAUCAUGAAGAAGUCCAAGAAGUCAGCGCCCAAGGCUUUUGGAGUGCGGCUAGAAGACUGCCAGCCAGCCGCCAACAACAAAUUCAUACCUAUGAUUGUGGAGAUCUGCUGUGGGCUGGUGGAGGAGAUGGGUCUGGAGUACACCGGCAUCUACAGGGUCCCAGGGAACAACGCAGUGGUGUCCAGCCUUCAGGACCAGCUCAACAAGGGGUCGGACAUCAACCCUGCAGAGGAGAAAUGGCAGGACCUGAAUGUGAUCAGCAGCUUGCUCAAGUCUUUCUUCAGGAAACUUCCGGAGCCCCUCUUCACUGACGAUAAGUACAAUGACUUCAUCGACGCUAACCGGAUGGAGAAUGCCGGGGACCGGCUAAAGACCAUGAAAAAACUGAUCCGUGACUUACCAGACCAUUACUACCACACUCUCAAGUUCCUGGUUGGCCAUCUGAAGACGGUAGCCGACCACUGUGAGAAAAACAAGAUGGAACCUCGUAACUUGGCCCUGGUGUUCGGGCCCACGCUGGUGCGGACGUCUGAAGACAACAUGACAGACAUGGUGACUCACAUGCCUGACCGCUACAAGAUAGUCGAGACGCUCAUCCAACACUAUCUCUGGUUUUUCAGUGAGGACCUGGACAAGGAUGAGAAGACUCCAGUAGACACGAAGGACCUGGUGCCUGCCCCCAAUAUCGACCACUUGCUCUCCAACAUUGGCAAGACCGCUCUGCUAGGGGAGGCGUCAGACUCAACCAACAGUGACUCAGCUAAAUCUAAGGGGUCGUGGGGGUCAAAGCGAGACCUCACUGCCAAGGACUUUCUGACCCUGUCCAUCAUGUCCGCCGUCACCGGACGCAAGCGCAGGAAUCGCCACAACGGCCGCCUCGUGGGCAGCAGCACAGACGACGACUCGGAGCACGAGCCAAUCAAAGCCAGCCACCUGGGGGUGGAGGAGGGAGAAGAGGCGGGGUUGGUGGUGGCAGGAGCAGACACCGCCCCACGAGCAGAGGGAGAGGAGGAGGAGGAAGAUGAUGAGGAGGAGGAAGAAGAAGAAGAAGAGUCUGUAGUAGAGAGAGUGAGAGUGCAGGUGGAGGUAAAGGAGGUGGUAGUUCCCAGCAUGCCGUGCGGUGGUGAGAAAGAGAAAGCAGGGCAGACGGUGAUGCUGCUCCCUGAGGAAGAGGCGUUGACGUCGGAGGUGAAGGGCAGGGCGUGGCGGGGACCAGAGGACGCUCGUUCUAUCGUCUCCGGUUACUCCACCCUCUCCACACUGGGGCGGAGCCUGGCGUCUGAGGGCCGGUGCGAUGAAGCUGACGACGAGCGCAGCGAGCUGGUGAGCGAGACGGACAAUGAGAGCGGAUUCGCCUCGCGCUCCCUUACCCAGGAGAGACCUGAGAAACACCCCCCCGCAUCCAUUACACCCACACUCACACCCCCUACCCCCACGCAGCCCCACACACAACCCCCCACAGCAGGACAACGAAGCUUCCUCUACACACACUACAAACCCCACCCUGUCUCCGCCACACCCCAGCACACCACCCCCACCCUCUCCACACACACUCAGGACCCUGGGGAGAGGAGCGAGUGUGGGGCGCGAUCCACCACCCCCUCCUCCUCCUCCUUCUCGUCGUCCUCCACCACCCACAGACUGCACACCCGGCCCUCCUUCAACUCCCACAAGCUGAUCCAAUGUGACACGCUGGCCAGGAAGAAGCUAAAGGACAGAGGGAAGACCAAGGCUCGUUCUCUGGACCUGCUGGACCUCCCUGGGCCUUCAGGAGAGGAGGAGGGAGCUGGGGCACCAGGGGCCCAGAGGGACCGAUCCAGGACCAACCCUUCCACAGGGAGCAGCCAGGAGAGCCUACGUCCACCCCGACCCAAAGAAGCCCUGCCGCCCAGCGAGGCUGCCUCUUUCACCCCCAGCGGGACAGGGCAGGGUCAGGGGCGAGGGUCUCUGGCUGACCAGGUGCGUGCGCGCCUGCUGGGCUCGGCUGAUGACCUGCGUAUCGUGGGGCUGAGGAAGCCACUCUCCCCGGAGACGAGGAGGAAGAGACGGGCCUGGAGAAGACACACUGUGGUGGUCUCACCUACCGAGACCGGCGACAAGAGGCCUGCGCUAGCCACCAACGUGUUCCCCAUGUCGCCGGCCACUUCCAAACCACAGGAGUCACCCCUCGACCCCCAGGAGCUUGACCCAAGACAUCCACUUCCCUUGGGCCAGAAUCCCCCCGCCACACGCCGAGCACCAGCCUCCAGGUUCCAUCAGUACCUGUAACUAUGGACAGAGACUGAUAGGCCUGUAAAUUACAAGGCCUCUGGCCUCCCUCUCAAAGUCUCCCUCCCCUGAGCUGCUGAGCCAGGGUCUACUGUCUCAGAGGGUCAGAUAGUGCUGACCCCAGGUCAGUUGCAUGACGGCAGUGAGUAGUGGACAGCAGAGCCACAGACAGACACAGGGGAUCUUAUGACAGGUCUGAUAACAGUUUUCGGCCUCCAGUCUACUCACGCUCCCUUUUCAUUUGUUUCAGCUCCGUUUGCAUGGCAAAGGGAAUUCCAGUAUUUGCCAAAGCUUUUUUUUGUGUGUUUUAAAUAAAAAAUAAAAUAAUGCUAAACUGCAAUGGGACAUUAGAGAGAGAGAGAGAGAGAGAGAGAGGGGGAGAGACAGUCAGUCAGACAGACAGACAGACAGACAGACAGACAGACAGUCCUCAUCUCGGUGUUAAUGCCAAGAACUCUCCCUCGUGCAGGCAGUAGACACUGUGUUACUGAAUACUCAGAUCCUUCCUGUCCUCUCUGUUGCUUCCUGUCUGACACAGGAAGUGGGCUGUCCUCUCCCAGUGCACAGGGAAGAGCAUGCCAAACCAAGCCUACCCAGGGUUCCUCACAGAGUGACACUUUCAACAGGGCUGUGGGCUCUCUCUCUGUCUUUCUCACAAACACACACACACUAGCUGAGAGAUCAGCAAGUACACUAUAAGAAGAGUACAGGCAGUAUUAGAAUGUGAGUUAUGAGGGAGAACUCUGUCUAACCUUUGGUCCCAGCACUGACUUCUAUAUCAGUCUUCCUUAAUAUUCUGUUACUGUGACGACCACAGAACAACUGACUCUAACACUCUUCUAGUUGCCAACACUCAUAAAUGACAUAACUCUCAUACACACACAUGCUCACACAGCAGUAGUGGUCUGUAACCCAGAUGUUUGUCUGUCUGUACAUAUGUGUGUUUGCCUGACAAUACCCGUGAGUAUGUUUGAGUGUGCAUGUGUUUGUGUGUUGAACUAUUUUGUAACAUUUGUACAAAGCCUUGUUAAGUUAACCUUGUAAAUAUAUAUAUUAUUACAUUAUUAUUAUUAUUUUUUGUUUUUGUUUCUUUUUUAUGGUUUACAUAAGUGCACACAGGUGCACCAUAAUUUCCUUCAAGAUGUUACUUGAAAUGUUCCCCUUAAUAUAUUAUUUUUUGUUUUAUAUACAGUGUAUAUUAUAUAUAUUUUUUGGUAUGAAAAGAAUAAGUACUUUUAUUGUGAUUUGACUUCUCGCAUCCUAAACGCAUCCUGAAGAAGCAUCCUAAACCUGACUUAAUUCCCGUUCCUUGUUUCCUCAUAGACGGCCUUUCUCUGUGACUCACAGUGCUCUAUGCAGAAAUACUUUCUCUCGUUUAGCAAAGAUAGAAUAACUCAUCCAACAUUCAAAUUCUCCAGUCAAAAUCCCUAGGUCUGGCCGUUGAAAUGCCUCUCCAUUUCAUGGCUGGAUAGCAUCCAUUUCCGGCAUUUGAAGAAAGAAAUGUACUCUCCCCUUGCUGACACUACUAUCUACUUUAUCUAUUUUGCAGCAAGCAGGGCUUUAUCUACUUUAGUCAGAAUAAUGUUUGUAAGCAUCUCAGCUCUCUUAUCAAAGAACGGUCACAUACUGUACUCGCAUCAACUCUAUCAUAACUGUCUUUUCAAUUGGAUGAAGUAUUAGUUGGUAAUAAUUUGCUUGACCAAACCUGCGUAUGUGUACCAGAGGAAACAUUUGCUUUCAUCUGAUAGGUGACAUAGAAAGCGCAAAAUAUUGACAACAUGCCGUUAAAACGUCAAGGAUGAUAAAUGCAACCCGCAUGUAUACACAAAGUUACGUUUGGUACACGUCUGCCAAUGAUAUUUCAUUUGUUAUAUUAUCAGGAAUCGUUUUAGUGUGACACCAUCUGCACAUGAUUUUUCAUGUCACAUAUUACAUUUCCAUACGUUUAGACUCACUCAAGUGAAUGACCACUGCGAGUGGGGUGCUUCAGAAUUCCUGGAUACCAAUGACUGAUUGCAGAAAUGUGGUUACCAUAAGUAGGCAUUUUGGGGUCUGCUGUGUUUCUAGACUUGCAAUGCCAUUCUCUUGGCCAUGGUCCAAGAUGAGUUUCCAUUUCCCAAAUACUCUUUAUUACCUGUUCCUCGACCAAUGUCAUAUGGGACUUAUUCUUCGGGUUUGCCUGACAGGAUUUUUCUCAUCAUUAAAUGUCAUUGACUUUUUGUUAGUCUUGUCUUACCUCAAGAGUUGCCCUACAAGUGCCUGAUUUCUGGAGUGUUUUUGUUCUGCAGUGAGUGCCAUGGUCAGUCCCCACCUCCCCCAUUAACCCUCGUUAUUCCAGACUCUCCAAAGCCAAAAGCUUCAACCUUCACAUCUAGUUAUAAGCCAGACUGAAUCCAUUAUCUUCUCGUUGCUGUGCUUACAUCUUAGCCGCCGACCCAAAGACGUGUACACGGGCAGCCUCUCUGGGAGGUCAUUAAGAGCAACACUGUGUCUGGCCAAGGACUUGUCUAUGCAGUCUGUUUGCAUCUAACGAGCACUAACAAACAGCAGAAUACCUGAUGCUGCGAAGGCGAGGGAAAGUAUACUGCGCUCCCCUGCUUUUCUCGUACACAGAGGUUAUUUCAUGUGGACAGUGUUUUGUACGGUAUACAUAACAAGCUCUAAGUAAGGGUAACCAAUGCCUAAAACAUGGGAAUAUAGUAUCAACUCAUUUGCAUUAGAUUUUGUUUGGUGAACUAACUGUAUAAAUGUAAACUGUAGGAGACAUACAGCUGAGCUUAACAGAGCUGAUCCAAACUGCUCAUGCCUUCAUUGAAAAGAUAAAUACAAAAAUUGUAGAACAUUCUGACAACACUCAAUGUGUGUUUAGGUGUCCGUCUCUUGAAAUGUGACAUAUCUUAUGUUUGUUAUUAUGUCUGAUAAUAUUUUGUACAUAUUGUCUUGAUAUGUAAACAUAUUGUAUUGUGUAAAGUACAUUUUGAAUUGCUUUGAGUAAACAAUCUUAUAAGAAAAUGGACUGACGAAAAGGUUAUCCACCUGGAACCAUUUUAUUCGAUGGCUUUUUUUCCUUCAAAGCAAGGUUAUAUGAUGUAAAUAAACAGAAUUACGUUUUAAAAAUAGAA